UGGUCUCCGGGACGGCCUCCGCCCUUGUUCUCGCCCGCCAGGCAGGGAAGAAGCCGGUGUGGGAGGAAGGCUUCCAGCUAGAGCCCCCGCCCCCUCCCGCAGCUCGCCAGCAGGACCUUUUGGCCCUCCUGUGGUCUCGCUCCCCGCCCGGAUCCUCCUGACCCCGAGAUUCGUGGGUCUUCAGGUCCUGCGGUUUCCCUGCUUCGGCCUCACUGUUAAACCUUGGUGGGCCCCUGGUUCCAGGUUCCUGGUGUUGAGAUAAGAAACGUUUGCAAACAUGUCCCGGAUCGAAAAGAUGAGCAUUCUGGGCGUGCGGAGUUUUGGAAUAGAGGACAAAGAUAAGCAAAUUAUCACUUUCUUCAGUCCCCUCACAAUUUUGGUUGGACCCAAUGGGGCUGGGAAGACGACCAUCAUUGAAUGUCUAAAAUAUAUUUGUACUGGAGAUUUCCCUCCUGGAACCAAAGGAAAUACGUUUGUUCAUGAUCCCAAGGUUGCUCAAGAAACCGAUGUUAGGGCCCAGAUUCGUCUGCAGUUUCGUGAUGUCAAUGGAGAACUUGUAGCUGUGCAGAGAUCUAUGGUGUGUACUCAGAAAAGCAAAAAGACAGAAUUUAAAACCCUGGAAGGAGUCAUUACUAGAACAAAGCAUGGCGAAAAGGUCAGUCUCAGCUCUAAGUGUGCAGAAAUUGACCAAGAAAUGAUAAGUUCUCUUGGGGUUUCCAAGGCUGUCCUAAAUAAUGUCAUUUUCUGUCACCAAGAAGAUUCUAAUUGGCCUUUAAGUGAAGGAAAGGCUCUGAAGCAAAAGUUUGAUGAGAUUUUUUCAGCAACAAGGUACAUUAAAGCCUUGGAAACACUUCGGCAAGUACGUCAGACACAAGGUCAGAAAGUAAAAGAAUGUCAAACAGAACUAAAAUAUCUGAAGCAAAAUAAGGAAAAAGCUUGUGAGAUUCGUGAUCAGAUUAUUAGUAAAGAAGACCAGUUGAAAUCUUCAAAGGAAAUUGUCAAAUCCUAUGAGAAUGAACUUGAUCCAUUGAAGAAUCGUCUAAAAGAAAUUGAACACAGUCUCUCCAAAAUAAUGAGACUUGACAAUGAAAUUAAAGCCUUGGAUAGCCGAAAGAAGCAAAUGGAAAAAGAUAAUAGUGAAUUGGAACAGAAAAUGGAAAAGGUUUUUCAAGGGACUGAUGAGCAACUAAAUGACUUAUAUCACAAUCACCAGAGAACAGUAAGGGAGAAAGAAAAGAGAUUGGUAGACUGUCAGCGUGAACUGGAAAAAUUAAAUAAAGAAUCUAGGCUUAUCAAUCAAGAAAAAUCAGAACUACUUGUUGAACAGGGUCGUCUACAGUUACAAGCAGAUCGUCAUCAAGAACAUAUCCGAGCUAGAGACUCAUUAAUUCAGGCUUUGGCAAUACAGCUAGAAUUGGAUGGGUUUGAGCGUGGACCAUUCAGUGAAAGACAGAUUAAAAACUUCCACAAACUUGUGAGAGAGAGACAAGAAAGGGAAACAGAAACUGCCAAUCAACUGAUGAAUGACUUUGCAGAAAAAGAGACUCUGAAACAAAAACAGAUAGAUGAGAUAAGGGAUAAGAAAACUGGACUGGGAAGAAUAAUUGAGCUAAAAUCAGAAAUCCUAAGUAAGAAGCAGAAUGAGUUGAAAAAUGUGAAGUACGAAUUACAGCAGUUGGAAGGAUCUUCAGACAGGAUUCUUGAACUGGACCAAGAGCUCACAAAAGCUGAGCGGGAGCUAAGCAAGGCUGAAAAAAACAGCAAUGUAGAAACCCUAAAAACAGAAGUAAUAAGCCUUCAAAAUGAGAAAGCAGACCUAGACAGGACUCUGCGUAAAUUGGACCAGGAAAUGGAGCAGUUAAAUCAUCAUACGACAGCACGUACCCAAAUGGAGAUGCUGAUCAAAGACAAAGCUGACAGAGAUGAACAAAUCAGAAAAAUAAAAUCUAGGCACAGUGAUGAAUUAACUUCGCUGUUGGGGUAUUUUCCCAACAAAAAACAACUUGAAGACUGGCUUCAUAGUAAAUUAAAAGAAAUUAAUCAGACCAGGGACAGACUUGCCAAAUUGAACAAGGAACUAGCUUCAGCAGAACAAAAUAAAAAUCAUAUAAAUAAUGAGCUAAAAAGAAAGGAAGAGCAGUUGUCCAGUUAUGAAGACAAGCUGUUUGAUAUUUGUGGUAGCCAGGAUUUUGAAAGUGAUUUAGACAGGCUUAAAGAGGAGAUUGAAAAAUCCUCAAAACAGCGAGCCAUGCUGGCUGGAGCCACGGCAGUUUACUCCCAAUUCAUUACUCUGCUAACAGAUGAAAAUCAGUCCUGUUGCCCUGUUUGUCAGCGAGUUUUUCAGACAGAGGCUGAAUUACAAGAAGUCAUCAGUGAUUUGCAAUCUAAGCUGCGGCUUGCUCCAGAUAAACUCAAGUCAACAGAAUCAGAGCUAAAGAAAAAAGAGAAGCGACGUGAUGAGAUGCUGGGACUUGUGCCCAUGAGGCAAAGCAUAAUUGAUUUGAAGGAGAAGGAAAUACCAGAAUUAAGAAACAAACUGCAGAACGUCAAUAGAGACAUACAGCGCCUAAAGAAUGACAUAGAAGAACAGGAAACACUCUUGGGUACAAUAAUGCCUGAAGAAGAAGGUGCUAAAGUAUGUCUGACAGAUGUUACAAUUAUGGAGCGAUUUCAGAUGGAACUUAAAGAUGUUGAAAGAAAAAUUGCACAACAAGCAGCCAAGCUUCAAGGAAUAGACUUAGAUCGAACUAUUCAGCAAGUAAACCAGGAAAAACAAGAAAAACAACACAAAUUAGAUACAGUUUCCAGUAAGAUCGAAUUGAAUCGUAAGCUUAUACAGGACCAGCAGGAACAGAUUCAGCGCCUAAAAAGUACAACAAAUGAACUUAAAUCAGAGAAACUUCAGAUAUCCACUAAUUUGCAACGUCGUCAGCAACUGGAGGAGCAGACUGUGGAAUUAUCCACUGACGUUCAAUCUUUGUAUAGAGAGAUAAAGGAUGCUAAAGAGCAGGUAAGCCCUUUGGAAACAACACUGGAAAAGUUCCAGCAGGAAAAGGAAGAAUUAAUCAACAAAAAAAUUACAAGCAACAAAAUAGCACAGGAUAAACUAAAUGAUAUCAAAGAGAAGGUUAAGAAUAUUCAUGGUUAUGUGAAAGACAUUGAAAAUUAUAUUCAAGAUGGGAAAGAUGACUAUAAGAAGCAAAAAGAAACUGAACUUAAUAGAGUAAUAGCUCAACUAAGUGAAUGUGAGAAACACAAAGAAAAGAUAAAUGAAGAAAUGGGAAUUAUGAGACAAGAUAUUGAUACACAAAAGAUACAAGAAAGAUGGCUACAGGAUAACCUUACUUUAAGAAAAAGAAAUGAGGAACUAAAAGAAGUUGAAGAAGAAAGAAAACAGCAUUUGAAGGAAAUGGGUCAAAUGCAGGUUUUGCAAAUGAAAAAUGAACAUCAGAAGUUGGAAGAGAACAUAGACAAUGUAAAAAGAAAUCACAGUUUGGCAUUAGGGCGACAGAAAGGUUAUGAGGAAGAAAUUAUUCGUUUUAAGAAAGAACUUAGAGAACCUUUAUUUCGGGAUGCUGAGGAAAAGUAUAGAGAAAUGAUGAUUGUUAUGAGAACAACAGAGCUUGUGAACAAGGAUCUGGACAUUUAUUAUAAGACUCUUGACCAAGCCAUAAUGAAAUUUCACAGUAUGAAAAUGGAAGAAAUCAAUAAAAUUAUUCGUGAUCUUUGGCGAAGUACCUAUCGUGGACAAGAUAUUGAAUAUAUAGAAAUUCGGUCUGAUGCUGAUGAAAAUGUAUCAGCUUCUGAUAAAAGGCGGAAUUAUAACUAUCGAGUCGUGAUGUUAAAGGGAGACACAGCCUUAGAUAUGCGAGGACGAUGCAGUGCUGGACAAAAGGUUUUAGCCUCUCUCAUUAUUCGCCUGGCCCUAGCCGAAACGUUCUGCCUGAACUGUGGCAUCCUUGCCUUGGAUGAGCCAACAACAAAUCUUGACCGAGAAAACAUUGAAUCUCUCGCACACGCUCUGGUUGAGAUAAUAAAAAGUCGCUCACAGCAGCGUAACUUCCAGCUUCUGGUAAUCACUCACGAUGAAGAUUUUGUGGAGCUUUUAGGACGUUCUGAAUAUGUGGAGAAAUUCUACAGGAUUAAGAAGAACAUUGAUCAGUGCUCAGAGAUUGUGAAAUGCAGUGUUAGCUCCCUAGGGUCUUACGUUCAUUAAAAAUGUUCAAGAUUUAAAUGCCAUAAGAAGCAUAGGUCUUCAGGCAGCUACUUAUUUCUGGUACUGAGUCAGUAAGAAAAUAUAUUCUUUAAAAGGAACUUCAUGUCUAGGACUUGGAAUGUUUGAGAGGUUCUAAAAUCAUGAAAGUUGUUUCACAUGAAA